CUCAAGUACCAGCAGGGAGUGGUAACAUGGCGGACCAGAGUGUUGGAUGAAACUGACGUUGGCAUGGAGUCCAGCGGGCCGGUCGGCGGCGCUCUGUCUCCAGAAUCAACGGUGACGUCUCUCCUGUGGAGUUCAGGCUUCCUGAGUAGCAGCCUGCAGAUCUCAGACCGGAACUCUAGCUUCAGAUACAAAAACAAGGACUACAUGUCGGCCUCUGAAGCACUGGAUGCCUACAUUGCAGACUUUGAGGAAAGUCAUCUGGUCCGUAAACCGUCUGCAGGACGUCUGGUUUUGCCAGUCGACCCACUUUCCACUGUAGCCACUCCCACAGAGAGCGUUCUCAGAAACAAAGACGUUCUCAGGGAGUGUUUGACAGACAGUGAACUAAAUUUCAUGGACCUACCUGUCAGCUUGCUCCAUUACCGUGGCAACCAGGACAGACUCUCCAUGACAACAGAUGAGCUGCUGUCCAUCCCUAACGACGGCUCAAUGCCCAUCACUCACACGUCUGCCUUUCUCCAAGGUCUCCUGGCUCAGUCCUCUUCCACAUCCAGACCAGAACACACACUCUCUGAUUGGCUCAGGAGCCAGGCCCUCACACAGGUGACCUCUGGGCCAUGGCGGAGCAGCAGGUCCCGUGCAAGACCAGGAGCCACCAUGAUGAAAGCGGAUUCCCCGAGAUCCUCAGUCAACAGGUUUAAGGCUGCUUUCAGUCCAGCAGGAAUGGAGAGCGCAGAGCCAUCCUCCAUGUGUCCAUGUGAAAAGCCAGUUAAAGACUGUUCUGUAGGCAGCUGUGUCCACAGGUAUCAGGAUUGCAUCCACCGCUGUGACACCACACACCUGCCAGAGUCAUGGAGCAACCAUGGUGAUCUUCCACCUGCUGCCUCCAGAACCGGUGUGCCGUCCUGGGUUGCAGAGCUGGAGAAUGGUGGUGGUCCUGAUCCAACAGCUGCAGAUGUCGUAGAACAAGUUCACAUUCAUGUUGACUGUCAGCAGACUCUCAGAGACCUCAGGCUUCAGUUUGCUGAACAACUUUCUCUUCUCGCCACAGACCAUACAUGUCACUCCAACAUCAAGUCAAGAGGUGGAUCAGCUGAGGAUCUGCUGCUCAGCCCGUCCAUCUCACUUGACUCUGCAGCAACAACAGGGGGUGCCACAGACACAGUGACAUGCUUUGACCAGGCCAAAAACAGUCCACUCUGGGGAAACACCCAUCAACCAGGUCCAAUGGAGGUUCUGAAACAAAUCCUGUUCAGACUGCAGGCUGUGGAGGUCCAGCUGGAGCAACAGCAGCACCAUCAGCAACAACAGUCAUCAGCUUCAAACUUGAAGCCGAGGUUAUCAGAAGAAGCUCCAGAGAGACCGGUACAUCCAGAGGCUGAAAAUGAAGCAGAGUUUUUACCUGAUCAACCAACACUGCACAGGUACACGAAAAAGGAUCCACCGGUUAUCAAGUACAAACUUCUGGAACAAUUUAAUAGCUCUGCGUCAGCUGAGCCCCCCGAAGCCGCUACUGGACGAGAUGAGAGACAGAGAGGUCGACGAGGACGGUGGCCGAUACUCAUCUUCAUCCACCGACAGACUCGAUGUUGUUCCACCAACUGACAGACUGAAACACAGACCUGCCACAAAACAGUCUACAGCCACAUACCGUACUGUGCAACAGCAUUAAGCACCCUGCUGCUUCUCCAGAAGAGAGAGAGAGAGUGUGUGUCUAUGUGUGUGUGCAUGCGCGCGAGCGACAACACAGUUUUAGCGGUGCCAUCCCGUCUGUUGUUUUCUAUAGACUGCUGUGGAACACCAGGAGUAAACUCGAUGUGUCAUGAAGGAUAUCCAGCACAAAAUUUGUGCCAAAUCCCAAUGUGGAUCUGUACCAUAAUCAGUAAGCCAGAGCAACUGGAGGUAGCCAAAGACUUUCUAAAUGUUAAUCAUUUUUAAUAGAUGUUCAUGAAGUUUAUGUAUUAGUGUAUCUUCAGGUGAUUUUGUUGGUUUGCCUGAAUUCAAAGACGAGAAACGAUAAUAGUUAAUAAUGAAAUGAUCAACACGGCACAGAUUAGGGGUCGUCACACCGUGUUUGUUUUCUUCAUUCUUUAUGCUAAAUUAUGCAAUAGAAUUUUUUUUUUUUGUUAAUGAUUUUAAAAUUCUGCCCAAGACUUUUGUACAGUCCAGAUUAUAUUUGAACACUGACAGAAUUUAUUUUAGCUCAGAAUUGUUUCAUGCUAAACUAUUCCGAGGACACACCCACGUCACCUGGCUGCGGUUGAUUGGACGGUGACUCUGCCUGGAUGAUCACCGGUCUGGGCCCAAAGUGGUUCUAUGGGCAGCACCAGAAAAUCAUAUUGGACCUCAGUGUUAAAGCUGGCUGCCUGCAUUUGUUAUCAGUUAUAAUUAUGUUGUGAUA